AUGUCGGGAUUCAAAACGAAUCGAAUCGUUGUUUGCGAGCCUUCUUUCUUCGAGAUUUUUCGAAGUCAGCUCGAUGGUGGCGGCGUUGCCAUGGCCCCUUUCUCCAGAUCGUCGCUGACGAGCUCCCCUUCCUCCGCGUCCGACUCGUCUCUGCCAGGAUUGUGGUGGUUCUUGACCAUUGAUGUCGACACAGCACACACAGAGAGAGCAGAACAGGAAAGCGGCGAAGGGAAAAUGAAGUACAACCCGCGCGUGUCCUCUUCCCGGCGUAAGAGCCGAAAAGCUCACUUCACGGCGCCGUCCAGCGUCCGCCGCGUCAUCAUGAGUGCGCCGCUGUCCAGUGACCUCCGCUCCAAGUACAACGUCCGCUCGAUGCCUGUCCGCAAGGACGAUGAGGUUCAGGUUGUCCGGGGAACCUACAAGGGCCGCGAGGGUAAGGUAGUGCAGGUGUACCGUAAGAAGUGGGUCAUCCACAUUGAGCGCAUCACCCGCGAGAAGGUGAACGGAUCCACCGUCAAUGUCGGCAUCAACCCCUCCAAGGUCGUCAUCAACAAGCUCCGCCUCGACAAGGACCGCAAGUCGCUUCUCGAGCGCAAGGCCAAGGGACGCGCGGCCGCGGAUAAGGACAAGGGGACCAAAUUCACCGCCGAGGAUAUCAUGCAAACCAUCGAUUAG